AUGACACAACCAUAUCAUGCUGUCGUAUUCAGCAAUAAGCGGCACAACAUGACCUUGUUCACACUCUUAUGCUUGCUCCUAAUUGCUCUGGCACUAUCAUCCGGUAUUGUUACCGUGCAUGCUCUCCUUGGCAAGAAGGUCAUUGACGACUUCAACCGAACAAGCAUCUCACCAUGGGGUUUCAGUAAUGGUCCCGAAUAUCCAGGUGCCAUUGGUUCUCUGACCCUCGCUCCGAAUGGCUUUGCCAACACUCCAGCUGCUCUUCUUCGAUACAAUCUAACCAAAGGUUCCUACGUUGCUGCCCAACUCAAAUUCAAUCCACAGCUUCAUUUCUCCAUGAUCGCAUUCAAAGUCAAAACAAGUGACACAAAUUCAGGACUAUCCUUGAGACUUGUCGACAGUAGUGGUCAAACCUUUCAGUAUGGACUUUUUGGAACCAUUGAAACUUAUAAUGGUGAACGUGACGAUGGUAGAGGCGAUCAACAUGGGUGGAGAGACAUUGUACUUUCGACCUCAACAAAACCAUCUUUUUAUUUUGGAGGUCCAAAUGAUGGAGUCAUGAAACUACCUUUCAAAGAGAUGAGUAUAUUACUUUCAGUGGUCAAUAGGAACGUUGCACCUGUUGGUUUUAUCAUGUUUGAUGAAAUUGUUGCCACUAAUCAAACCAAUAUUGAGUUAAAUUCUGAAGAUUUUAUUCCUAGUGCUUUUAUACCAAAAGAAUCUUUAGGGAUUGACAUUUUACCAAGAUAUGGUGUCUGUGUUCACUUUACCACAAGCCCCUUAACUUUUGACAUUAUCAAGAAUGCAAGCUUAACAUGGAUACGAACUGAUUUAUUUUGGGGAACUGUUGAAACUGUGAAAGGUCAAUACAAUUUUGCAAAAUACGAUCCAUAUGUAGCCUUGAUACGAUCUCGAGGUUUAAAACUUCUAUUUAUUCUCACUUACGGAAAUAGUUUGUAUCAAUCUGGAGCUCCUACUUCUCCAGAGGCCAUUGAAGCUUUUGCCAAUUACACACGAGCUUGUGUGAAACAUUAUGGAGGAAAUGACAUUAUUUAUGAAAUUUACAAUGAAGCCAAUGGAAAUGGUUUUACUGGAGAGCAAUAUGCAAAUCUUUCAAAGGCAGCUAUUGAUGCUGCUCAUCAAGUCGAUCCCACCGUCUUAAUCUCUACAAGUGGAUUGGCAGGUGUUGAUUUGAAUUUUUUAAGGGCCUAUCUAUCGAAAGGAGGUGGAUAUGGAGCGAAUGCUAUUGGUCUUCAUCCCUAUUUCAUUGGAAAUACAGAUGCCUCUUUUGGACGUUUGACAGAAGGAAUGCGAAGAUUUCGUGGAGUAAUCAAUGAGUUUGUGAAUGAAACUUUGGGAAUUGGAGGAUCAAAUAGUCCAAUACCUUCUCAUCAGGUCGAUUUAACUUCAACGAUUCCACCUGUUUGGGAAACUGAGUGGGGCCUUACGAGUACCGAUUACGAUUCUACUUCUAAUGGUCACAAUUACACAGCCUUGAAAAUUCAUGGAAACGCCGUCGUAUCAAGAUUUUUGGUGUCAACUGCUCUCGGUUUGCCACUCAUCAUGUACUACGACUUUAAGAAUGAUGGAAACAAUCCAAGUGAACGAGAGCACAAUUUUGGAUUGCUUUUCAACAAUGGCACCGAUAAACCAGCCAUGCGAGCACUUCGACAAUUGACCAAAUCGAUUAAGGGACGGCUAUUUGAUGGCUUUUUGAGAACAGAGCAUCCAUUUGUGAAUGCCAUGAGAUUUAAGGGAGAAAACGAUUCACUAGUUAUUGUUUGGCCUGUGGACUUUUAUGGAAACACAAGUGUGAAAGCUGUCAAUGCGUCUACAAUUGUAAAUGUAUUUGGAGAAGCAAUGACAUUCAAGGGAAACGAGUUCAAUGUGAACAUGUAUGAUGGUCCUGUCUAUUUAACAUUUCCUGAAUCAAAGCCAGUGAAACCCAUUAUUUCGUCCUCACCCAUUCCAUCAAAAACUGAACCUGCUAAAUCGAGAAGUGAGAGAGCCAACGACGCUGUCCAUAUUGAUUUGAAUCGUUCAAAGUUGCAUUUCAGACCUUGUUGUAAUCAGCUCAUCAAAAAAACACAAAAAAAUGCCUUAUCGAAAUCCUUUGACGACCUUGCAAAUUCAAAUACCGAAUACCAAUGGUCGUUGUUGCGAGGAAUUUAUUCAUACGGACUGGAAUAUCCAACUUUUGUACAACAAUGUUUUUUAUUUGGAUCUGAUGAUGAGCAGGAUGGAUCACCUGCAUAUUCUCCGAGUAAGACAAAUGAUGGACAAGCCAAACGAAAUUGGAUGGUUCAAGGUUCCAUUGGACAUGGAAAAACCAUCGCUUAUAUCAUUGGAUUGUUGAUGAAUUUUGAUGAAGAGAUGAUUAAAAACUCAUCGAGCGUUCUCGGAGUGAUUUUAUGUCCAACGGACCUGUUGGUCUUACAAGUGCAAUCGGUUUUGAAUUCCAUUUCAGAUUACAUUAAUGGAUUCAUGUCAAAAGCACUACUACGUCCCAAUGGGGACAUUAGGUCCUCAAGAAUUGAAACGUUAGAUCUGUCAUCGCAACCUCAUGUGAUUGUUUCAACUUCAUCCAAUUUGUUGUAUUAUUCAAGUUGUUAUGACCUGAGCAAAUUGAAAGUAUUGGUCAUUGAUGAAAUGGAUAUCAUGUUGGAUUUUCAACAUCCUUUUAAUGCGUCAAGCAUCAUCAAUGAUGUGAAUGAUAAGAUUUAUUCUUCGCAUAGAAAAAAUAUUAGAAAGAUCUUUUCCAAAAUUCCUUCGAAUACUGACAUUUUAUGUUUUGGGUCUAAUUUUCCUUCCGUGACAUGCUAUCAAUACGAAGAACGAUUGAGCAACUGUCACAUGAUACGGACGUCUGACCAUAUCGUUCACGAUAAUAUUUCAGAAAGUUUUGAAUAUUGCCCUCGAGAAGGGCAAAAAUUUCAGACACUGCUCAGGAUAAUCGCCACGGCUGACAAUGAAUAUCAUGCAUGUAUAAUAUUUUGUCAGGAUGAAGCUUCUGUCCUCAAAUUAUUUCAAAAAUUGAACUCUUCUCGUAAACACAAAGAUGUUGCAAAACUAAUCAAUUUAGAAGCUCCAAACAGACCAGUUUUAGAGGCACAAAAUAGAAUAUUGAUUACCAUCGAUGAAGCAUUUAUUGGUAUUGACAUUCAUAGAAUCAACCUUGUGGUUCACUAUGACAUUGCCAGAGACGUUUCAACUUGCAAAUUUCGAAGUGGUAGAUGUGGCAGACUUGGUCGACCUGGCUAUGCUUAUUAUUUACCAGCAACACCCGAAGAAUUGGACUAUGUGCAUCAUUAUUUCCACAACUCUGCAAAAUGUCCUUUUGCAAGACCAAUGUUGUCCUCGAAACAUUAUCAUGAUUUGGACAUUUCCUUCAUGAAUUAA